GUAUAAUUUGGAUCGUGGAUGGCAAAAACUUAGAGAAGACGGAUCAUGGCAUUGGAAGAGGUUCAGAAAAAAGAGGAAUUUGACCAAAUUUUCGCUGAUUCUUCCAGCUUUCUCACAGUGGUCCAUUUCCAUGCACCAUGGGCUCCACAGUGUGGGCAGAUGAAUGAAGUUAUGACAGAACUGGCAACAGAGAACUCACAUGUUAAAUUUUAUAAGCUUGAAGCUGAAAAUUUUCCUGAAGUAUCCCAUAAAUACGAAAUCAGUGCAGUUCCAACAUUUCUCCUUUUCAAGAACCAGAAGGUUGUGGAUCGGUUGGAUGGAGCAAAUGCUCCCAGCUUGACCAAAAAAGUGCAACUGCAUGCAAAUGUCAUCACACCCACAAUUACCGCAACUAAAGAACAAGACACAAAACAGGACAUAAAUACAAGAUUAAAAAAUAUCAUAAAUGGAGCACCUUGUGUUCUGUUCAUGAAAGGUUCACCUCAGGAGCCUCGUUGUGGAUUCAGUCGACAGAUUGUGGAGUUGUUAAAUCAACAUGGAGCAAAAUACAGUCACUUUGAUAUUCUUACAGACAAUGAUGUCAGACAAGGUCUGAAGGUGUACUCUAACUGGCCAACGUACCCACAACUGUAUGUUGGUGGUGAAUUGAUAGGUGGGCUGGACAUUGUAAAGGAACUUGCAGCAAGUGGAGAACUGACUUCAACAUUACCAACAAAUGAUGAUCUUAAUAAAAGGCUACAGUCACUGAUCUCAUCUGCCCCAGUGAUGGUAUUCAUGAAAGGAAACCCAGAUGCUCCUAGAUGUGGCUUCAGUAAAAAGAUGUGUGAGAUCCUGAAAAAAUAUCCCAGCAUCCAGUUCAAGUCUUUUGAUAUUUUGGAAGAUCAAGAGGUUCGCCAAGGUCUCAAGACAUACUCUAACUGGCCAACUUAUCCACAAGUUUAUGUGAAGGGAGAGCUCAUUGGUGGUUUGGAUAUCAUAACAGAACUUGAUCAAGAGGGAGAGCUUGAAAGUUCCUUGACCGGUUGAAAACAGCUAACAUUGGCCAUGAUUGAAAGCAUGCUGCAAGAUCAUCUUAAUUUGAAAUAAAUGAACAAGUCAAGUGGUUAUGGAUAGUUUCAACCCAAUUAUCAGCAGGACCAUUAGUUUUGAAGUUCAUGAGAUUCUGGAAAGGAACAAGCAAAAAAGUAACAGCUAAACAUAAUAAGACCUUGUUUUUAAGAUUAAUUUUACACCAGCAGUGACUUUUGUUUCAUUUGGCUGAUUUAUGCAAGGGUUAUAUUAAAAGCUUGCCAAUAAAAAGACAGCUUUAGACUGUUCAA